CAGGUGAGCGGGGUCCGAUGGAGGAGCAGCGGGCCGGGGCGGGACCUCGGAACCUGCUGUCCUCCGCGGUCUAUUCCUCGUGUGUGUGCCCCUGCUGUAUACCCUGCCUGGACGUGCACGCACUUCCUGAAUGGUGAGACGUCUGCAUACCUGUCAGGUGGAAGAGGACAAACGGCAGGAAGGCAGACCCGGCCUCUGCAGCUCAGCCCCGGCGAAGGUUCCCGGCUCCCCCGUGAACGCCCGGCCCAGCGUGUCUCCCGGCAUGAGGAACACGAGCAAGGAGCUGCACGGCGCCAUGAGCCGCUAUGCUCCCUGCGACUGGUAUUACCACCUUCCCAUGAAGCGGUCCGAAAAGGCCAUGGAUGCCCCGCCAGCGUCCCAGAUCCCCGGCCUCAGCGACCUGAGGGAAGCCCCCAACGGGCACACGCUUGGGGCGCAGAGGUACUGGGUGAAGGAAACAGACUCGGAGUAUGUGAAGCUGGCGAAACAAGGCGGCCAGCCCGAUUUGUUGAAGCACUUUGCCCCCGGGACCAGGAAGGGCUCUCCCGUGGCCUACUCCUUGCCAGACUGGUACGUCCACCACAGCAAGCCGCCGACGGCCGACCAGAGGCAGGUCCCUACUGUGUCCAUACCCGACUACAUGGUUUAUGAAGAGUUUAACCCCGAUCAGGCCAGUGGCAACUACGAGUCCAGAAGAGGGCCCUUCAACUUUGACAUGAAGACAGUUUGGCAGAGAGAGGCUGAGGAACUCGAAAAGGAGAAAAAAAAGGUGAGGCUGCCAGCCAUCAAGUCCAAGUAUCCGAGCAAAGCAGGGACCCCGCUUGGCCUCAAAGACCCUGAAGGAGGCAAGCUGUCCUUUCCCCCUAUGCCUGGUCAAAAAACCAGUUCACCCACAAACUUUUCCAAGCUUAUUAGCAAUGGAUAUAAGGAUGAGUGGUUGCAGCAGCGAGUGGACCUAGACAAGAGGACCCCGCAGACAACCAGGGCCUCUGCUUCGUCCCCAUCCCCGCGGGAUGCCGAGCCGCGCCCAGACCCAGAGGCUCCGGAAGGCACCAAGGAAGGCCCAGAGUCUUCUCCAAGUCCAGCAGCGCCUCCAUCCGCCUCAACACCCGCGGAGCUCAAAUAACCCCGGAUGUAACAUGCUAGGAUCUGUGUUACAGCUAUAGUUAUGAGACCCCUGUUACAGUUUAUUAACAUAGAUUCUUAUGAAAUUAUCGAUCUUAGAACAGAUUUGACAUCACUGCUGCGUAGAUGGUGCCCGGGUUGGGUUUUGUUUCUUGCAUCCCACUCGGAUGCCGGGCACUUGAUCUUUGCACCCUGCGCCUUGCUGGCCUGCAAUGUCCCAGGGUCGUGGAACCCGCCACUUCCUCCCCACCCUCAGCCGACAUCACCUCCUGCUGUGUGAGCCUCUGUUGGCACCACUUCUAUUGAAAUCCACGGUUUAGACUAUUAACUGGAAGAAACUCACCCAAAAGCUUUUUCACUCUCUGGUCCUGGAAUUUUUGUAGAAGUAAUUUUGCUGUUAAAAAAAAGUAUUUAAUUCCAGAAUAUUGUGAUAUAGUUUAUAUUAAGAAAAAGAUUAAUUUAGUAUGCCUUGAAGUUUUAAACAUUUAGUAUAAAACCAUUGUAGCAUUUGCUAGUUUUAAAUGUUUGAUAAUAUUUUUUACAUAAACUGAAAUCCGUAAUAUUGAACAUUUAUUUUGUAUUAAGUAAAAAUAUGCUUAAUUAAUUUAGUAGUCUUAACAAAAAUGUUUUAAUACUCUGACAAUUCUCUCAUUUUAUAAAUUUCAUUACUAUUUAUAUGCAAGUAAUAAGCAUAAAAAUGUAGUUUUAUAUUUUGUACAUUUAAUUCAUUAAUAAUAUAAUAUCCUGCUGGAAGAUUUUCAGAGAGCCAAAUAAAGUCAGAGAUAUCUUAGCUUCUUUCCCAGAAUAAACUUAUCAUGCACUGCUCCCCUAGAAUUUAAAAGUUUUCAAUUAAUUCUUUAAGAGAUACUGAGUUGAACGCAUGGAUCUGUAUCGUUGGAUAACAACGCAGCUCAGAGAACAUGAGUGGCUCAGGCGCUGACCCAAAAGCAUUCGCUCUAGAGGAAGGUGCUGACUUUCUCCGGUUUCUCCCCUUCCCCCAUUUCCUUUCUCUACUUCAAUCCCUACCCCAUUCUUUAGCCCCUUCCCCCACCUAAGAAAAAACCAUCAGGAACAGAUAUCAGUAGCUUAAGACUCUUUAAUCCCUUUUUGAGGGUAUUAGAGUAGCGGAAACCCAUGGUUUAAUAAGAGGACAGAGUUUGGAGUGGGACCUGUGACCAGAUCUUGGCGCCAUGAAGGGCAGCUGGGGCCUGUUAUUCAAAAAGCAAGUCCUGCAGUUAACUUUCUGCUUGGUAAUAGACAACAAACGUUAUGAAAACAGAUUUGCA